CGCUCGGACUGCAGAGCGGCGUCCUGGGGACCAAGGGGGCAUUUGAGGUCUGGGGAGGGAGCGGUGAGGAACCAGGUCCCGAGGAAACGCCGCGGGAGUGGUCAGAUUGCCUCCUGGAGCGCCUACAAAGUAAAGCCGGGAGACCGUCUGCAGCUAUUUCCUUUCGAGUUACAGCCAGGGCUUCGGGAGGACAGAUAACUGGGAUUUUAGAGCAAAAGGUGCUCUGGGCGCUCAGAGAUGCGGAGGAUCCAGUGGCCUCGGAAUAGGCAGAAAAGGUCUUGUGGAGAAUGGAGGGCUGAUGCUCCGGAGGACCGGAUUUCUGUCGACGGUAGUUGCUUCGGAGGGAGAGCAUACCUGGACUAGGGGGAAAGCACCGGAAGGAGAAGAGGCCUGAGGCUGUCCAAAUAGAGAAACCUUGGAUCAUCUUUGAUUUGACCCAUGACUUCUUGAAGUAGAGUCAGAAUCUCCGCACAAACCAGGACUCCUGGACAGCUCUCCCCUGUUGCCUGCGGACCCAAGCUCAUUUUUCUCCCUCUCCGGUCACUUCUGCCUCUGUAAAUUGACAUGUUUCUGUGGCUCUGUGAGUCCUUUCUGCGCUUCCUAGUGACUCAUUUUCAACGUGCCCUAGGGUAGGCCCAUGCUGUUUAGCGUAAUUGCGCAAAAUCUGGACUCACGGUCCUUUUUAGAGACUUCUCCAGUCACACAGUAGUUGUAUGUAUUCACCUCUCAUCUGCAAGCGUCAUUUUUUAAAAGUUUGUUUGAAUUUAGGACUCCGUUUGGGUUAGAUUGGGUACACUUCGUAUUCCCAUCAAACACCAUUUAUUGAUAUGAAUUAUGUAGCCUUUAUAAGUGUGUACUUUGUAUCAAAGUGGAUACAUAUCACAACUUAUCCAAAAUAGACCUUUGGAGAGAGACUGGCAGCUGGGCUGGUAGACAGACUAGACAGUAAAGAGAAGAUGGGGAAAGAGUCUCAGGGCUUUGCCGGGAUCCAGUUCAGUCCUGUCCUAGCCAGACCUCAAAUAUUAUUAUAAAUAUUAGUAUAAAUUAGUAUGUUAGCCUUCUGGUGUCUGCCUCAGGCGUGUGUGUUUUGAUUAGUUCAAGUCUCUUAGGGCCGGAUAGUCCGUGGGGACAAAAAGCAACAAUAAUAAAGCCACGUCGGGCUCUGCAACACAGCUCUCCUACUUGCUGAUGUAUGUACCGCUGCCAUCUGCUCCAUGGUAGUGUUAACAAAUCUUGUAACGGGAUGAGAACCAGUGCACGUUGGAUCGUGCCAAAUCACCUGUUGGUAUCCUAUUUUAAUCUUGUGAAGAGUUUAACAUCUGCCUUUCCAAAUAUGUAUAGUAUAUCAAGGUUCCAGCACACAACGUCGGCCGCGUGCUGUUGUAGUAAGACACGGAGUGGUGAGAAAUACACUGAUCCUUUUAAACUUGGUUGGAGGGACUUGAAAGGUCUGUAUGAGGACAUUAGAAAGGAACUUCUCAUAUCUACAACAGAACUUAAGGAAAUGUCUGAAUAUUACUUUGAUGGAAAAGGAAAAGCCUUUCGACCAAUUAUUGUGGUGCUAAUGGCCCGAGCCUGUAAUAGCCAUCAUGAUAACUCCCGAUCCGAUGUCCAGUUUUCACAAGAUGAUUGCUGAGAAGGUUCUAGGCGGCGUCUGUGUUAAAAAGCCUUGCUUUCUGUUAACUAGAGAUGUGCAAGCCAGCCAGCGCUCCAUAGCCUUAAUUGCAGAAAUGAUCCACACUGCUAGUCUGGUUCACGACGACGUUAUUGACGAUGCACGUUCUCGGAGAGGAAAACACACAGUUAAUAAGAUCUGGGGUGAAAAGAAGGCUGUUCUUGCUGGAGAUUUAAUUCUUUCUGCAGCAUCUAUAGCUCUGGCACGAAUUGGAAAUACAACUGUUAUAUCUAUUUUAACCCAGGUUAUUGAAGAUUUGGUGCGUGGUGAAUUUCUUCAGCUAGGGUCGAAAGAAAAUGAGAAUGAAAGAUUUGCACACUACUUGGAAAAGACCUUCAAGAAGACUGCCAGUCUGAUAGCCAACAGCUGUAAAGCAGUCUCGGUCCUGGGAUGCCCUGACCCAGUGGUGCAUGAGAUUGCCUAUCAGUACGGAAAAAAUGUGGGAAUAGCUUUUCAGCUGAUAGAUGAUGUACUGGACUUCACCUCGUGCUCUGACCAGAUGGGCAAACCGACAUCAGCCGAUCUGAAGCUCGGGUUAGCCACUGGCCCUGUCUUAUUUGCUUGUCAGCAGUUCCCAGAAAUGAAUGCGAUGAUAAUGAGACGGUUCAGUUUGCCAGGAGAUGUGGACAGAGCUCGACAAUACGUAUUACAGAGUGAUGGUGUGCAACAAACAACCUACCUCGCCCAGCGGUACUGCCAUGAGGCAGUAAGAGAGAUCAGUAAACUUCGACCAUCCCCGGAAAGAGAUGCCCUCAUACAACUUUCAGAAAUUGUCCUCACAAGAGAUAAAUGACAGCUCUUUCUGUUAUUUCUGGCAGCUAUUUUACCACACUGUGCCUAAAGAAUUUUGUCGAAUAUACUUUGCUUCAUGUGCAGAUAACCAAAAAUCAUUUUAAAAAAUCAUUUCAACCUUAUCGAUGGGCAAUUAUUUUUUAUUGGCAAAGUUUUUCAGAAAACUUUUUAAAUGUAAUUAAACCAUCUGAUUC